GUAUACUCAGAGAAGCUGUUUACGAUUCAAAGGUUUUUUCAAAGAAGAAGACACCAUUCCUUUGAGCUCAGCUGGCGCCAAGAGCAAAACAAUUUUUGUAAGUUGUUUUCUGCCCUAUAGAUCAAUGAUGGGAACCUCAGGGAAGAGUGAGGAAAUUAUUAUUCUCAGUGAUGAUGAAGAUGACAAAGACACUUCCUGCCUCAUUGUGGAAGUGGAAGCUGUGAAGAAGACAGAUUGUGCUUUACUUGUCAGCUCUCAGGAUGAAGAUCUAGUGGUCACCUUCUCCCGUCGGGCUGAUGUGCUGCCCCACGCCCGCUACGACUGCCCCAUACACUCUUUUACGCCUACAGAUUCUGAAACGAGUGCUCCAGUGGCUGAUAACCAACUUAUUUGUGAUCAGUGCUUCUGCUACAUAUGCGACAAGCUGGCAUCAUCGUGUGGUGUGUGGUGCCAUAGUGGAACAUGUCAUUGCAACAGCCACAAUAAAAGUGACUUCUGGACCAGCAUCAGAAACAGUUCUCUGUUGGGGGAACUGCAGAGGUUCAACUUUACUCUGUCAGAAGUCGACUGUCAUCUUCGUAAUGCAGACGCGAUGUUGCAAACCUUCAGACGCGAACUGUCAGCUAUGUUCUCAUCCAUUACAUUGAAUCAGCCUCUGCUGCCAGAUUACAGCAUGAACCAGCAAGACCUUGGCUCCAGGUACGGUCCUGUGUUUGAGUGGGUGACGUUAUUCCUGAACAAAGCUGAUAAACAGAAUAGUCGGGCUGCAACCAUCAUGCAUCUUGGAGCUGCUGAAGAGCUUAUGAGACAUUUUCAAGUGUUAGGGUUUAUGGGAUCAUCUUCGACCGAUACAACUUCUGAGACCAUAAUAAUGUUACUGCACAGAGUGAUAUCAUCAGUACAGAGACAUAUGGUGAUGGCUGAUAUUACUCCAUUGUUUAUGCACAAACUGCAAGUUUUUUACCAGAGCAGAAUAUGUUUCCCAGCUGAGACGAGUGCCCUUAAAAACAGUUUGUGUGUUCGAUCCUGGGAGGACGUCCUGCUGGUGUCCGUGCUGAAGGGGCAGAACGUGUCGGGCGUCCGCAAGGACAAGGGCAAGAAGGACGUCCUGAUUGAAACGAUUUCUGUGGUCCUGCUGAGAACUGAACUACUUCAGCGUCAGUGCAGGUACAGAGAGGUAUGCCGUUAUCUGCGAGUCGUCCUGACCGAUAACCCCAAACUCUUUCAGCAGCUCCAAGACCUCAUUCCUUUCUUCUUGUGCAAGUUGGGAGACUUUAAGUCUGCUUUGGUAAGUCUCUUCCCUAAAGUCAACGCCCCCGCCUCCCGCUUCACUCCGGCCAUUUUCCUCCUCUAUCUCCGGAUAUUUGAGACAGCAAUGGGACCAAAGCUGACAGCCAGUCAGCUAGAGCAGCUCUGCUUUUCUGGUGCAUUCUGGGAACCAAUAAAAGAUGCUGUUCCACUGAAGCCUUCUGAGCUGGUAAAGUUUGCUUUCAAGGCCCAGAGAUACUCCUUGUCGGUCUACUCAGAUUCUCGGUGUUGGACCAGUUUACUGAAGGUCCUCUGCUCACCUUGUGGCUCACCCACAGCUUUUCCCAUACCCAGCCAACAGUUUCUAUACGAAUCGCGGAAUGCUAUUUCGGUCCUGCUUAGUGAGCAGGAUUCCAACAUACAGAUUCCACGCUCCUUUCUUGCAACGUACCCACGCCAGGCCUUGUUGCUGUUGGUAACAGGAGCUUUAAGUGUCAGGAUCCUUCAGGGUUCUUUCAGUCCAGGGCUGCCUGUACUCAACGCUUUUAAGGACAACUUGUGGGCCUUUCAGUGGCUGUGUCAAAGUUUGUCUUCCAAUGAAUCCUGUCUCAACUCCUUUCUUAAGAAGAUCACGCAGGAGGCGUCAAACACACCAGGAAGUCCAUUGGUCCUUCAAUUCAAGCCCUCUCAGAUAAAUUCGCCUUCACAGAUUCUACCUUAAACUCCCUCAACUCAGAGCAGCUGUCUCGCCUGGAUGGUCUCGGUUCUGCUGAGCCCACUUCUAAAGAAACGGACUGUUUUUUUUUUUUUUUUCUAUUUUUUCCCUUCAGUGUGAUGAUGUAAUGCGAUGUGUGACUUUUGUUGCCCUUCCUGCUCUCUUUAAACACCCAUUUCCAGCACAAUGACUGUGAAGUCGACCACCAAUAAACUGGUGCCGUCAUGCAUUUCACAUUCGAACCACUAUCGGCGACGGUCAGUAGGAAUGUUUAUCAGGUGACACAUACACAGCACUCCACAUAUGUGUCCUACACAAACAUGUCCACCGCAUGAACUGUGCUCAAAAAGAGAAAGAACUAUUUGCUCUUUUUCACAUUUGUUACCAGCUAUUAAACUGUCCACUGAUUACAGUUGGGUCUGACCGGACUUCUGAACCGCUGUGGUUGUUUCUAAGCAAUGGACUGCGAACUCUGCUAAUGUGGGUCUGGAAAACCAUCAUGUUUGGACACAAAAGCAUUUAGGAACCCUGUUUAUGUUCCUGUUAAAUGCUUUUACUUUAUGUUCACAAGAAUUAAUUGUGGCAUCAAUGAUCAUGAUUAUUGAGAUGAUUUUCCUGAAAUAAACGGUGACAGAGUGGGA